AUGCGCUCCCUGAUUACCCUGUCCGCCGUGCUAGCGGUGGCCAAGGCCCAGGCAUACAACGUCUCCUCGCCCAACGCGACUGAUGCGCUGACAGUCGAUGUCGGAUACGGCAAGUACCGGGGAUUCGAAGACGGCGGGGCUCGCAAGUGGUACGGCGUCCGUUUUGCCGCUCCCCCUACUGGCAACAACCGUUUCCGGGACCCUCAAGACCCGGAGCCAUUCGAAGGCGUCCAGGAUGCCACCAAGUUCGGUGCCAUCUGCCCUCCCCAGCAAGCGAGUGACUACACUGUGAGUGGGCAGUCUGACCGGUUCUUCGUGGACGAGGACUGCCUCUUCCUCAGUGUCACGGCCCCGGCCAGCACCACCGAUCUCAAGCCGGUCCAUGUGUUCAUCCAGGGCGGUGGCUUCAGCUCCAAUUCCAACUCAAACUACAACGCCAGCGAUGUGGUCACGGACGCUGAGAUUGUCUCUGUGCAAUUCAACUACCGUGUUGGUAUGACCGGCUUCCUCUUCAGCGAGGAGGCUGUCACGGACGGCAGCCCCAACGCCGGAAUCAAGGACAUGAUCAAGUGCCUGGAAUGGAUCCAGGAACACAUCUCGAAGUUUGGCGGAGACCCGAGCCGCGUGAUCAUCGACGGUGUCAGCGCCGGAGGGAGUUCCGUUGCCCUGCUUCUGGCUGCCAACAAGGGGGCGCUGGGAGGAACCCUCCUCCACGGUGGGAUCGUCGAGUCGGGAGGCUGGGUCACCAUGCGCAAGGUCGAGCAGGGACAGAAGGAGUACGACUGCCUGACGGCACAGACCAGCUGUAACGGAACUGCUGAUAGCCUGCAGUGCCUGCGCGAGGUACCGCUGGAGGACCUUUACAGCAGCACCUGCUGGUUCGGCCCCAAUGUUGACGGCGACCUGUUCAACGACCGCCUCGUGGAGAUGUACGAGGCCGGGGAUGUUGCGGACGUCCCGAGCAUCAUGGGAGCCUGCGCCAACGAGGGCACGCUCUACAGCUUCGACAGCUCCGCCAACACGACUGAGGCGUUCGACAGCUACAUGACUGGACAGGUUCCCACCCUGACCAACUCCUCACUCGCAAUCCUCAACGACCUCUACGCAUACCAGCCGGCACCCCACUUCCCAGACAAAGGGAACCUGUACCGCCAGGGAGCCAACGCCAUAGCCGACCUUGGCACCCACUGCCCAAUCAAAUUCCUGCAGAACGCCCUCGCAGCCAAGGGCACCCCAACCUACCACUACAAGUACGCCGUCCGGGACGCCGAGGACGAGGCCGCCGGCCUGGGCGCCUGGCACGUCGUGAACAACUACGCCUUCUACGGCGUCAACAGCACCGACAUGGACGCCCCCGCCAGCUACGUCGACGGCAGCCGCGCCGCCGCCCUCAGGCAGGCCCGCGACUACUGGACCAGCUUCGUGCGCAACCUCGACCCCAACACGGACCGCGCGGCGGGGUCCCCGGAGUGGGCGGCGUGGUCGGGCCCCGGGGCGGACCAGCGCGAGAGGCUCGUCAUCGCCACGGCCGCCAACGCCACCCGCGUCGAGCACAUGACCGACGCCCAGAGCCUGCGCUGCGACGCCGCGCGGAACUUCACCCUCGGCCUCGGCGCGGGGUGGCCCGUCGACCUCAAGGACCCGGCCAGCGCCGUCAACCUCGACGCCGGGAUCGCGCGUGAGGCGCUCGGGGCUGCGGACUGCGGCUUCGACGAGGGCUGCCGCGCGCCUGACUGCUCGAUCGUUCCGCCCACGAGCGGGACCUUCCCCGAGCAGGUUCCUAACGCCGAGUUGGUCUGCCCCGCGACGUCAGGCCUGGCAGCGACCAAGUCUCGGCGCUCCAAGCGCGCGUUCGUUGCAUAG